AUUCCUUAGUUGUUCCAUUAUUGCGUAAUUGAUAAAUUAUUGGAUAGGAUUAUAUCUUCUCAUCCUUUCGUAACUCAUAAGAGGUUUUUGCAUUUGUUCCCAAAAUAGUUUCUCUAGAUCCUAAGUCCUAACCUUCCUGAAUGUCCUUUUCCUUUUGCAGAAUAUGAAAAGGAUCUUUUGUUCAUAUUUAUUGCAUGGGGAAAACGACAUCUUUGCUGGCUUAGAAGAAGCUUCAGCUGAUGACACAUACACUGAUAAUCUGUGGAAUAGUUACAUGAAAGACGAGGGAUUUGAACGGUUUGGGAUUCCAUCCAAGAGGGGAAGAGACUGGGAAGACAAUGAUUUAUCACUUAACCAACUGUUCAUGAAGCCUUGUAGCAGUCGUUCAAGAAAAAAUUGUGAUGAACCAUCUUUGGAAGCUGUUGCAUCACCAGAUAAUCAUGAUCACGGAGAGAAUAUGCAUUAGAAGUCUAAAUCUCUUAGCUGUUUGCAUCGGACCAUUUUUAAAAAUAUAUUUAGAAAAUUUCAAAUCUGAGGCAAAGGCGCCGACGACCACGUCUACUACAACUAAAUUAUACUCCCCUGUUCAUUUUUGUUUGAUUGUUUAGAAAAAAAAUUUGUUUCUAAAAGAUUGAUUUUUUAAGUUUUCCAUGCAAUAUUUAUUGGUUAGUAUUGGUAAAUUGUAAUUUUUAAGAAAAAUAGUUAAUUAUCAUUGGUUUAGAGGUAUAAAAAACUGUAAAAC